UGCUCUCAGCUCUUAUUUCUACAGUUGAUUUCAAGUCUUUUUAAAAAUAUCUUCCAAAACAAAACCAUUUUUAUUUUUUAAAUUAAAAACAAGGUGCUGCAAACUGGAUUUGCGAAACCUGGAUCUCCAAACCUUUUGUUUAGUUUCAAAUCCUGAUCCUUCCGUUCAAGAUUCUGCCAUUCAAUGUCGCACAAGGCUCUAGACUCCCGCCAUUCAGUAGACGCUUGCGCCUUCCAGCUCCAUUCAUGGAGACCUUUCCACCUCCAGCAAGCUCUAGACUCCUCCGAUCCCCAACUUACUCCUCCUAAGCUUUCCUCCUCCAAUGGCUUCCAUCCCAAGCGUCCUUGCCUCUCCGAUCGUACCACUUCUUUUUCUAUUGAUCUCUCCAAGCUAACCCUCCUCGACGAUGAUAACAACAACAACCCUAUAUCUGCCAAUCCCAAGAGGAGUAGCUUCAGGCUGUUUGCCAGAAAACGCCGCCGCCGUGGGUCGAGGUCGGUUUCGGGUCGGAGCUCCGAUCGAAGCGGGACUCGAAGGUGCUGUUCUGUGGGGGCUUCGGCAGCCUAUGGUACGUGCUCGGAUUUUCCGGUGGCGAUCGGGACGGACUCGAGUGGGGAACUGUUUGGCAAUGGUGGGGAUUCGUAUUGGGUCUCGGAUGUGAGCGAGGCCCGUAAUAUCAGGAGGGAAAGAGGGGAUGGUGGGAGUGGAGAGAAGGAGACCUUAUGCGGGCAAUUUGGGGUUUUUGAUGCUCAAGGGAAUGAAUCUGGGUAUGGGAGUGAGCCUGGGUAUCGUGGGGAUGGAGAGUUUGGAUAUGGGGAUGAGGUUGAUGAAGAAGAAGACGACAAUCGGUUGUUGCUUUGGGGGGAUCACUUUGGAGAUGCGCAUUCAAAAAUGGAGAUUGUUGGGGAGAACACAUUCUCUGAUCAGAAAGCUCACCAUAGAUGCCGUCGCAAAAAACAUGAUUAUAGAAUGGUUGAUUCCCUGAGGUAAAUCAUUCAUCUAUUGAACGCAACAUGCUCCCUUUAUACCAGCUUGGCCAUAUUUAAUACUUCUCCUUCUGGAUUGGUAAUUGAGAGAGAGUUUAAUGUUUCAAUAACCUUACAAGUUACAACUUAGUGCAGUCAAAAGGUAUUUCAAUUUGGUAUGCGGUGACAUUCUUUAAGAGUCCGAGCAGAGAUAUGGUUUCAUGCAAUAUAUUCUAUAAAGUAAGAAUACAUAGAAGAUAAGAUUUUGGUUAUAGGUUGAUUGUUGAAAAUUUGUUGAAGGAAGCAAAUGCAAAUUGCGGUAUUGAGAUUCAUGUUUUGUUGUCAAGUCUCUCCCCGGGUUGAAAGGUUUCUUUUCUAUUUUUUAUUUUUUAUUUGUCGAAAGAAGAAUGAAAUUGAUGUACACUUAAGAGUGAAAUGAAAUGUUUGUAUUUAAAGCACAGAUUGUGGCGAAAAGUCGAAGUUAGAUAGCUUAAUUGCAAUGAUGCUUACGAGA